AUGGAGUUGAAAGACUAUCACGUGACUGAACGAAGUGACGAAACAACUGGUUUUCCAGCGGGUCGGGUGUUGAAGCCAGCGAACUCCAGCGAAGACGUCGUGAUCGAAACCGUGGUCGGCUCGCUGAUCAGCGACGAGGAGAAACAAAUCUACGAGAUCAUCACCUUAGUCGUCAUCAGCAGCGCCAUCGGUCUCUUCGGCAUCGCCUCCAACAUCAUCAACAUCAUCAUCUUCUACAAGCAGGGCCUCAACAACACCGUCAACAUCGGCUUCACCGGGCUCGCCAUCUCCGACCUCUGCAGCCUCAUCACCAUCGAGUGGUACUGCAUCAGCUUCAACCCCCUCUUCUACAAUGCCGACAUCAUCUUCUUCGCCCCUGAGCUCCAGCAUCUCUACGCCGGCUGUCCGCACGGCUGUUUCGCCCGUAUCACCGCCUGGGUCACCGUCUACCUCACCGCGGAGAGAUGCCUCUGUAUUGUCUCACCGCUGAAGGUCAAACAAAUACUCACCCCUAAAAGAACCAUCAUCAUCUUAAGCGUCAUCUACUUCGUGGUGAUGCUUCCUCUUAUUCCCGAAUACGUCACCGCCUACGGGGGUUAUAAAUUCUACCCUUUUCUAAACAAAACCCUAAUCGGUCUUGUCUUCACUAGCGACCGCUACAAAGUCGACGGUCUCAGCUUCCUCCUCUACGCCAUCCUCAUGUUCGUCUCUUUCCUCGCCGUUAUCAUCCUCACCGCCGUCCUCGUCAUCAAACUCAAACAAAAAACCGAAUGGCGGAAAAAAUCCACCUUCGAUUCCGCCCAAUCAGACAACAUCUCCAAAAGAGAUAAAUCCACUAUCAAAAUGGUCAUCGUCGUCGCCGUCAUUCUCAUCGUCAACUUCAGUCCCACCGUCGCUUUCUUCACCGGAGUCUUCAUUGUGCCCGGGUUUAGCAUCACCGGAAAAUACCGGAACCUGUUUCUGGUAGCCGCGGCGUUUACGUUUAUUUUCGACACUUUGAAUUCCAGCGUUAACAUCAUCUCGUACUACACAAUGAGCUCCAAAUUUAGACAAACGUUUCAUGAGACGUUCUCGUUCGGCCGCGAGUUUACCAGAAAAAACUCAGAAAACGGAAAGUAA